AUGCUCAGUGCUACUUAUUUACAAUUGUCACUUGCGUACAAGGCUAGUAAUGAGUGGAGAAAAGCAGUCCAAUGCGUGGCGAAAGCAAUUGAAAUAGCACGUCUUAGAAAUGAUCUGGAUCAAGAAGAAAUUCGUAGGCUUGAGGCGGAUCUCGAUUUGACCAAGAAACGAGCCCACGAUGACGAACCGUUAUUCGCAGUAACCAAAAUAGAACAGAAUCCGAGAGAAAGUUCCAGUGAAUUUCUGCGUCGAACAAUGUUUGAAAUUCACAACGGCAAUUCUGAACUUCCUCGUGCACCUGACAAACAAACAGAAACCGAAGUGAACGACGAAAUUCUUAAGAUUGUACUAGUAAGCUUGGAGAAGCAUCUCAACGAAAACGUGCUCCGUUAUUUGAAAAUUGGAGUGCCGGAAAUAGUUUUCAUGGCUGAAGGCUUCAAACGGGCACAACUGAAGUCUAGUCCAGUUUCUGUAUCGAUUAUUGAAGCGGCUUUAACUAUGAUUGCCGAUGGUCUAAAUGGUGAUGACGAGAAAUAUGCAUCACUGAAACAAUCACCUUUCUGUCUUUCCUACUCCGAUGACAGCCAUGUAUUCGGACAAGGUGUGCGAUUAUUUCGUGUGACAGCAAGGGAAGGAAUCAAUUUGAAUAACAACUAACUUGUAGAUUUGUUAUCAUAAAUUGAAAAUUGUCGAUUCUUUUUUAAGUCUAUUUCUUGAAUGCGAUUUCUGUUGUGUCUGUGCUUUGCUUCAGUAUAAUAUUUAUUUCACAAGUGGCAGUCUCCUCUAAUCUUUGUACCAAAUGCUAGAUGAUGAGGCAGUGAAAAGUUGCAAGAAAAUAUCAAUAAGAAAUUUAACACUUCUGUGCAAUUUUUCCAUCAGAAAGCUGCGUGAUAUGCCGUUCUGAAUCAAAUUUGGAAUGUAGAACGUGAUCUCGUGGAAACUUAAGUUGAACAAAACACAUGAUCAUCUUAUGUGUGAAAGUACAAACAUUUGUAUUUCAUAGGUGACUAAUUGAUUAUGAGCAAGUCUAAGCGAUUGUGACACAGGUACCUCAAAAUAUAUAUUGCAACGCCAUUUUUGUUUGAACCAAGAUUAUUCAGCCCAUCCAUACAGCUAAGACGAUACAUGAGUUUUGACAAGUUUCAGAUUUGUUUGAUGUUCGAGGAGAUAACUACUAUUACAAUUGAAUAGAACAUGCGAACAAUCAUCAAUGUACAGUUCAAAUAAAAGCAUUCAUAUUCGCUGAUGCCGUCAUUUUGUACUGUGUUCUCAUUAUGCCAAUCAUUUUUCAGAAUUUUUCGAUCAUUCCUUGAUUAAUGUUUCAACUUAGCAAUGAGAAUGGACGAGAAUUGCUAUUGGUGUUCUUUAACAAUAUAAUUUGCUCGAUAUAUUUGACUGUAUUUUCUUCGAUUUCAAUUUCGAGGUAUUUGAUGCGAUGACGGAGGUUGAUAAGAAACUGAAUGUCUUCGUGCGUGUCCUUUUGCACACCACUAAUGACAAGUAACGCGACGCAAACGUCGCUAAUCCUCUACUGAAAGGAUGUGAUUUCCUUGAACAUAUGGUACUCAUGGAGAAGAAGAUCACAAAACUAAUGUGCUGCUAUGCAUCUAUAAAAAGAUAAAUAGUUCUCGUCACCAUAGCUCGCUUGCUAAUUGAUUGGGUUUGACUUAACCAUCGUGGGGUGUGUCUGAGUAUGGAUGAAGUGAAGACACACGCUCACACCCCAUACCCCCACCCCACACCCCACACACACACGCCCCACACCCACACACAUCCACACCCCACGAUGGUUAAAUCAAAUCCAAUCAAUUAGCAAGCGGGUCAUGGUGACGAGAACUAUUUAUCUUUUUAUAGAUGCAUAGCAGCACAUUAGUUCUGUAAUCUUCUUCUUCGUGAGUACCAUAUGUUCAAGGAAAUCACAUCCUUUCAGUAGAGGGUUAGCGACGCUUGCGUCGCGUUACUUGUCUAUUACAAGAAUUAACAACCUGAUAAAAACUAUAGGGUGUCCAGUAAGUCAUGAAACAGACCCACUAAAAAUUCAAUAUCUCCAUUAUAGCUCGACCAAACGAGCUCAUUUUUUUUACCAAGGAUAGGGGCAUGUUCACAUUCAAAAUUCAUAUGGGCAAGUUGCCUCAAAUAGCAAAUUAAAACUAAGAAACAAACAUUAUAAAUGCUUUUCAUGCAAGAAAGAUUUGAAUUAUUACCAUGUUUUUGAUUAUAUCAUUUCUAUUUUCCAUAAUCAAAAAAAUAUAAUCAUUAUAGUAAAAACAACAUUUGAUUAGGCAUACAACGAAGAAGUGAAAGAAAAUGUAGGGAAUAAGUCAUACUUAUAAUAAUAAUCAAGGAUGUUUACAUUUGACAAUGAAUUUCUGUAAGGUCUAUAAAACGAAAAUGACGUUCGAUUCAAGCAUUUUUUGCUGAAAUCGAAUAAAUUUGUCAAAGCACUCUCGAAUAAAAAUGGGAUGCAUCAAUAUUUGAUUUCCAAAACAUAAGAGCCAUGCCAACAACUUUCACCUAGCAGCUCUAAUAUGAACUACAAAUAGUCUAUUGCAAUUAUUUCCAUAGAAAAUGUCAAAAUAUUACUCAAAAGUUUACAAAAGAUCCUCUUCAGUUACCUCCUACCAAUUUUAAUGAUUUUUUUUGCCUAAAGAUACUACAUAGUGUUCUAAUAAAGACGCUCCAAGGAUUUGACUGAAUCGUGGAUUUUUUUUCUAGAGGUCUCAUGUUUUCGAAUUUUGAUCUGAAACGUCGUACAUAUAGAGAACUCAACUAGACUACCUUCUAUAGAAAAAUUCAGAAGUUUUGAACAAAAUCUCUUAGAGAUCUGAAGAUCUCGACUCCUUUUCAUGUUGGGUAUAUACAACAUGCAUUUUUUUGAAAUCUUCAUAUAUCGAAGAGACUUUG